AUGCCUUGCACUCCUACGGGCGACGCCAGGUGGAUGAGAGGAACUAUCAACAGCUCUGACGCCGAAAGUCACGUUCUGUUUCUAACGGUUGACAGAUCUCCGUUCUCCGAGCUUGGUCUCGUGAAUAUCGUCGGGAAGGACGUUCGAGACCUUACUGGCGAGUGCGCGAUAGACGAUAUAGACUGCGAGCAAUGGUCGUCGCACGUCCAAGAUGGGGAGGUCCAGGCGGUAUUUCUGCCACUUAUAAUGUACGACGGGAACCGCUGCGUUGCGGUCGACACUUCCUGUAAGGGAGAUCACUGUAAUUUGAUGGGCGUGUCCCAGCCCAUCCGUCCUGGGGCUCGGGAGGACGAAACCCGAGCACAACAGAAUCUAGAAGAACUCCAAGGCCGCUUCGACGCCGAACGCUGUUCCCUACGGGGUGAGGUUGACAAGGGGAGACGCGGGAGGCAGCGCGUCGAGCGGACUCUUACUCCAGUUAGACAACAACCAGAGUUGAAGAUAUCCGAAGGACAACGGAACCUCGACCUAUUGAAGGUCAAUUUUUGCGAGUUGGCAGAAUUCUUAGAGAAGUUACGUGAAGAGCUCCAGUAUGCCCGGUCGACUCUAUAG